CAGUUGCUUGGUAUCUCACCUGCCUUCGCUUCCGCAGCAGAUUUCGACGCUUUCUGGAAAGUGUAUCAGACAUGGGGGUCUACGCUUUACAAGGACAGAAAGUCGUUGUGUUCAUCUGCGUAAUAUUUGUUGUACUUGUGUUUGUUUUGAUCGCUGUUGGAUCAACAAUUCAAAAUGAGUUUGGCGUAUGCGGCUGGAUCCUCACGAUACUUUCGUACCUCCUAAUAUUUAUUACACUUCCUGUAUCAGCAUGUAUGUGUAUCAAGGUUGUGCAGGAAUACGAACGAGCGGUUAUAUUUCGUCUGGGACGACUUAUGCCCGGUGGUGCAAAGGGACCCGGAAUAUUCUUUAUUGUUCCAUGUAUUGACACAUAUAGAAAGGUGGAUUUACGAGUUCUUUCAUUUGAAGUACCACCUCAAGAGAUAUUAUCCAAAGAUUCAGUCACUGUAGCUGUAGACGCAGUCGUAUACUUCCGGAUAUCAAAUGCAACCAUAUCGGUGACAAACGUAGAGGAUGCAGCGCGUUCGACAAAAUUGCUCGCACAAACCACGCUGAGAAAUAUACUAGGAACCAAGACAUUAGCCGAGAUGCUGUCAGAUCGCGAAGCGAUUUCACACCAAAUGCAGACAACACUGGAUGAGGCAACGGAGCCCUGGGGGGUCAAAGUCGAACGGGUAGAAGUCAAGGACGUUCGCCUGCCUGUGCAGCUGCAGAGAGCUAUGGCUGCAGAAGCUGAAGCUGCGCGAGAAGCAAGAGCUAAGGUCAUUGUGGCCGAAGGUGAACAAAAAGCGUCGCGUGCGUUGAAAGCAGCAGCUGAAGUCAUUGCCGAGUCACCGUCAGCUUUACAACUUCGUUAUUUACAAACAUUGAAUAGCAUAUCGGCAGAGAAGAAUUCAACUAUAAUUUUCCCAUUUCCAAUUGAUCUGCUCAGCUCCUUUCUACAACGACCGGCACCAAAACAUGAGAGUUGUGGUCCGUCAACGAUGCAACCGCAAGCUUCCACAUCAAAAAGUCAUGCGUGCUAACACAGCCGUACCAGCACCCGUACAUCUUUUACAGCACCAGUUCAAUUUUUUAAUUUUUCUUUUUGCAAUAAAGCUUUGUUGUCAGCUAUUUUGUUUUUCUUAGUAAAGAAUAAG